UGAGCGUUUCUGGAGCAGUGUUACGGGCUCGUGUGUGUGGACAUGUUGUGGACGGGGACUGUACUGGCUCUCUUGUUCCAGGCGGCCGCUGUUAGCGGCCUCUCCCCCGGGGACCUCCUCCCUCACGGGGAGGGGGCUGGAGACCAGCUGCUGGCACCCGGGGACGAUGUCUCCUCGGAGUCGGCCAGGCUGGACCAGACUUUGCAUUUAUUCGACAGGACUGUUAGAAACCUCUAUGUGAACACAAAUGGAAUCAUUGCCAUUAGCAAGCCACCGAGGGAAGUGGAUUAUGUGGACACAUUUCCACCAAGAUUUGGUGUAGUUGCACCAUUUCUGGCUGAUCUGGACACUUCUGACAAAAUUGGGAAGGUCUACUACAGACAAGACUCCUCACCACAAAUUCUCCGCCGUGUUGCACUGAUGAUAAACAAAGGCUUCAACGAGCUAAACUUUAACCCAGACAAUGUCUUCAUUGCAACGUGGAAAAAUGUGACUGCUCACGAGGAGCUCAGACGAGGAGACCAACCACAGAAUAAGAGAAACACCUUCCAAGUGAUAUUGGCUUCCGAUGAAUCCAGCUCCUAUGCUAUUCUGCUGUACCCUGAAGAUGGUUUGCAGUUUUAUGGAACACGUUCCAAAGCAGCGAAUAACAUUGACUUGGAACUACCGGCUCGAGUGGGAUUCAGCAGAGGGGAAAGCAGUUUUGUGCUGUUUACGCUCGAGGGACCGUCCUAUGCAGUUACGUCCAGCAGUGAACAAUCUGUUAAAAACCUUUACCAAGACAGUAAUUCUGGAGAACGAGGAGUUUGGAUUUUCCAAAUUGGUAGCUCUUCUAACCAUACCGUCGUGCCUGCCAGUGUAAGCACAUUCCAUGUCGAUGAUUCCGUUCUGGAUACGUUUACUACUGCUGCAACUAUCGACCACCAAAGGAAUUCCUAUCUGGAUGUAACUGAGAAUGGGUCUGAUCCAGAAUAUGAUCCUCCUGAAGAAAAAGACAAGGUUGGCACCCUGGAGGAUGCUGUAGUCUACAGGGUAUCUUCACAGCAGAAUGUGGAAGUUCCAGAAGAACCUCGCUAUGUCGAGCAGGUUCCGGUUCUCUCACGUAUCGAAGCCAAGCCAGUCCAGUUCCAACAUCCACAGUUUCCCCAGCACAGAGUUGAAUUGUUGGACACAGAGUUGGAUGUGACUGGAAAUGUUUUCUCAUACAGUACAGAAAGACAGCUGACAUGCGCCAACAGUCGUCAGGUCUGUUCGAUUCACGGCCAAUGCAGGGACUAUGUGGCAGGCUUCUGCUGUCAUUGUAAUCCUGGUUAUUAUGGAAAUGGCAAGCAGUGCAUUGCAGAAGGAUCUCCACAGCGUGUCAAUGGAAAGGUCAAUGCAAAGAUUUUUGUAGGAACCAGCCCAGUACCUAUCCAGGUUGAGAACAUUGACCUACAUUCAUAUGUAGUGGUAAAUGAUGGUCGCUCGUACACUGCUAUAAGCAGAAUCCCAACAGCGCUAGGCUGGUCUCUCUUGCCACUGUCUUCUGUUGGAAGUAUUAUUGGUUGGAUGUUUGCUCUGGAGCAACCUGGCUAUGAAAAUGGGUUUAGUAUUGUUGGUGGUGAAUUCAGUCGUCGAGCGGAGGUGACCUUUACACCUGGUAAUGAGAAACUUUCCAUCAUUCAGCACUUUGGUGGAAUUGAUGAGCAUAACCACCUCACCAUCACAACCUCCCUGGAAGGACGAGUUCCUGAAAUUCCACAGGAGUCAACUGUGCAUAUAGAGCCGUACAAUGAGUUGUACCACUACUCAAGCUCCGCGAUCAUGUCUUCUUCAAACAUACAGUAUAUGAUAGAAUUUCCUGGCGGAACCUCACUGAGCUACUCCUUCCAGUUGAAACAGACGAUCAGCUUUCAGGGCUGUAUCCAUGAUGAUGAUGCUCGAUUGGUACCCACCACUCAGCAGCUAUCCGUGGAUCGCACGUUUGUUCUGUAUGAUAAAAAUGAACAGAUAUUGCGAUAUGCAAUGAGCAACAAGAUUGGACCAGUUCAAGAUGACUCAAGUUUGGUGAACCAGAACCCAUGCUACACAGGAACACAUGGAUGUGACACUAACGCCGCAUGUCGCCCAGAGCAGGGGAAUCGGUUCACUUGUGAAUGUUCUGCUGGCUUUUAUGGCGAUGGACAGACUUGCUAUGAUGUUGAUGAAUGCCGAGACAAUCCAUCCAUUUGUGGAAAUUAUGCUGUCUGUAACAAUCAGCCUGGAACUUUCCGAUGUGAAUGUUUUGCAGGUUAUCAAUUUGCAGAGGAUGGCCGAACCUGUGUGGCUGUUCAGCGUCCCAACAAUCCUUGCCAAACUGGAACCCACAACUGUGAUUCACCUGACCGUGCUCGCUGUAUUUACACUGGUGGCUCAGACUUCAUGUGUGUCUGUUUAGCUGGUUUCUCUGGGGAUGGGAAGUCCUGUGUCGAUCUUGAUGAAUGCCAGCCGAGCCGUUGCCAUCCAUAUGCUCAGUGCUACAACACGCCUGGAUCGUUCAGUUGCCGCUGUUCCCCUGGCUAUCAAGGUGAUGGGUUUCAGUGUACACCUAUAGGCUCUGAGAAAACGCAAUGUGAACUUCACAGGGACAGUGUCCGGAGCAGUUUACAGCCAAGAGGACACAGGCCUGCUGGCUACUACAUCCCCGAUUGUGAUGUUCAUGGGAACUAUAUGCCAGUCCAGUGUCUCUCAAACCAAGAAAGCUGCUGGUGUGUGGACACAAAUGGUAAUGAAAUUGCAGGAACUAGGACUAGCCAAGGAGUGCAACCCCCUUGCCUUGAGACAGUCACUCCUACUGUUAUAGUUGGGCCCACGACUAGACCAGAUGUCAUUCCAUUGCCCCCAGGCACACACCUCCUCUAUGCGCAAAGUGGAAAAAUAGAUCACAUCCCAGUGGAGGGUCCCAGCCUGAAGAAAAAUGAAGCAAAGACUUUACUUCAUGUUCCAGAUAAGGUGGUCAUUGGUGUUGCAUACGACUGUGUGGACAAGAUGGUAUACUGGACUGACAUUGCUGGACGCACCAUCAGCCGAGCUAGCCUUCAAGGAGGAGAACCCUCAACUAUCAUCGGAGUAGAUCUGGAGAGCCCUGAAGGAAUAGCCGUUGAUCAUCUGGGCCGCAACAUCUUCUGGACAGACUCGGGGCUAGACAGAAUUGAAGUAGCCAAAACGGAUGGAGACCAGAGGCGGGUGCUUUUUACUGAUGGCCUAGUGAACCCAAGGGCAAUUGUUGUAGAUCCUGUCAACGGUAACCUGUACUGGACAGAUUGGAAUAGAGCUGCUCCCAAAAUCGAGACCUCGUACAUGGAUGGAACUAACAGACGGAUCCUUGUGAAACAUGAUCUUGGCCUUCCUAAUGGACUGACCUAUGACCCGUACAGUGCAUUGUUGUGCUGGGCUGAUGCAGGAAUCCAAAGGUUGGAAUGCAUGAAUCCAAAUGAAACUGGACGCAGAAGGGUCCUUGGUGGCAUCAGUUAUCCCUUUGGGAUUACAAGUUAUGGAAGAAACUUGUACUACACAGACUGGAAGAGGGAGUCUGUCAUAGCUGUGGAUCGUAUCCUUGGACGCGAGAGUGAUGAACAACAGCCAUCGAAACGAUCCCGUCUGUAUGGAAUAACUACAGCUUACUCACAGUGUCCGCCAGGACAAAACCACUGUGCUGUAAAUAAUGGAGGCUGCACCCAUCUAUGUCUGGCAACACCUUUGAGCCGGUCCUGUCGCUGUCCUGAUUCUUCAGUGGGGAUCAGCUGUGUGGAAAGAAACUAACAACCAAGUUUUUCAGGGAGUUCCCGUUACUAUUAAGAGACGAACCUCUUCCUCAAAGUCAAAUCCUGUCGUGAAAACCCUUUUAAUUUUUAAAAUACCAUUUUAAAAACUUUUUUUUUAGUUAUGGUUUUUAAAUUUUUUAUUUGGAUUUUUAUUCGCUUUUAUAAGAAAAAUCUGUAAAUAUAUUUUCUUGCGGUUUACUAAAUUGUACUGUGAGUGAUGUUUAGUUCUAACCUUAUGGUGCUUCAAUGUACUGUUACUUCACCAUGAAUGAAGCCAACACAUCAGGUAUUACGUUAUGCUGUGUACAGCUUUUCAACAUAUAUCAAAUAAAAUAGAACUUUUUGUACAUA